CCCGCAUACAACGGCAAAGGCAACUGCUGUGGCCAUACCUGACAGUGCAUUUUUUCUGUGUUAUUAGUCAUACAGGUCAUACAUAAGCUCUGCAAACGCAGUUUCAUCAACACUGAUUUGUUAAGAAAGAAAGUGAUAAUUACACCGUAAUCUUUCGACUAUACACUAAGCCUUCCCUAUCAGGCGUCGUUUUCCUGUGCGUCCGUGGCGUCGAUGUUUCGUACAGUGUCGUCUUUCUAUCGCUACUGUAUCAUCACACUACAAACAGUGUCGUGUUGGUUGUCUGUUUAAUAAAUGGUUGCUUGUGUGUUUCUGACCAGUAAACCAACAAACUGAUAAGGUCUAAAUCCCCGUGUUUCUCUUCAUACAACAGUGCUGAGAUCCGCCAGUACCUGCAGCAACCAAACCAGCGACCUGGAGAUGAGUAGUUACUCAUCUGCAUCACCAACUGGAUCGCCGUCGACCUCGGAAAGGAACUACAGUGCCACUGCAAUCGCCACAGGAACAAACAAUGAAAGAGUGAAAAUCGAUACUACGUCAGAGCAGCAGACCAAAACGAGAACAAGGAACGGGGAGGAUAGUCACGCUACUAUGAAUAUCAACGAGUCGAACGGUGGUUUCGUGGAGACGCCUGUGCUGGGGGACUCCCAGGCGUCGUUGAGCGAGGAACGGCUUCGACGCAAAUUGCAGUUCUUCUUUAUGAACCCGAUUGAAAAAUGGCAAGCCAAACGUCGCUUCCCGUACAAGUUUGUUGUGCAAGUGAUAAAAAUUAUUCUCGUCACCCUGCAGCUGUGCCUCUUCGCACAUUCCAGAUAUAUGCACGUGAAUUAUACGUGGGACAAUACGAUCACCUUCUCCCAUCUGUUUCUGCGGGGAUGGGACAUCACCAUGGAGGUAAGCACUUACCCACCCGAAACGGGACCACUCUCGGUGUAUGUGAUAGAAGAUUUCUUCAACACAAUCGAUUACGCUAUCGACGGUUAUGCAAACCUUUCCGAAGCCAUCGGACCGUACUCCUAUCCCAAUGAGGAUAACACGAUGCCGCCGAUGCAAUUGUGUCUGUACCGCUACAAGGAUGGUACAAUUUUUGGCUUCAAUGAAAGCUACGUUUUCAACCCGGAAAUAGAUUCGCUCUGUCUGCAUUUGGACGGAAAUGUUACCACCAUCGGGAGUCGAGCUUUUCUGCGACAGAAAGAUAUUCGCAUAAAUUUCUCCGCUCUCGUCAGGGCGGAACUGAAAUUUGCCAUAAAGACGGUCAACUUCAAAGCGGCAGGUCCCAUCACCGCCCCGGACUGCUAUCAGUUCGAUAUCCAAAUUUUGUUCAACAAUCAAGAUCACGACGGGCAGAUGACACUACGCCUGGAAGCGGAACCUACGAGGCUGGUUUGCCACGGCGAUGUCGAGUUCAUCAAAACGUCGGAAAUUGAGGAAGCACUACGCAGCACGCUGAAUAUUUUGGUAAUCGUUAUCUGUGUAGUUUCGUUCGCACUGUGCGCCCGGGCAAUCUACCGAGCGCAGCUGUUGCGAGUCAUCACCUGUGAUUAUUUCAAACAAACCUACGGCAAAGACCUGACGGGACAAGGCAAGUGGGAGUUCGUUAACAUGUGGUACAUUAUGAUUGUGUUUAACGACGUCCUACUUGUGAUCGGCUCUGCCCUGAAGGAGGAAAUCGAACGCAAACACUUUAUCGGAGACGACUGGAACGUCUGUUCGCUGCUGCUGGGUGUCGGCAAUUUGCUGGUUUGGUUCGGUGUCCUGCGCUAUCUGGGAUUCUUCAAAACCUAUAACGUCGUUAUACUAACACUACAAAAGGCAGCCCCGAAAAUAAUGCGCUUCCUACUGUGCGCCCUUCUGAUCUACGCCGGUUUCAUAUUUUGUGGUUGGCUUGUUCUGGGACCGUACCACAUCAAGUUCCGCUCGCUGUCAACCACCUCGGAGUGCUUGUUCUCGUUGAUCAACGGCGAUGACAUGUUUGCAACAUUCACCAUUAUGUCUGAGAAAUCCUUGAUGCUGUGGUGGUUCUGCCGGCUCUAUCUGUACUCGUUUACCAGUUUGUAUAUUUACGUCGUCCUCUCGCUGUUCAUAUCGGUCAUCAUGGAUGCCUACGACACAAUCAAGAAAUGCUACAAAGAUGGCUUUCCCAUGUCGGAUCUUCGUCAGUUCGUGGGUCCGUAUCACCCAAAUGAUUUCUCCUCUGGAGUGUUCCGUGAUGAUGACUUCGACUACGAGUCGAUCAGCUUUAUGGAAUCGAUGCAGCGAAUAGUUUGCUUCUGGAGAUCGAACAACCAGCAGCGGGGCCCAACCGGGUAUACAUCACUGAUGCCCAAAGCCAAUUAAUGUGCAAAGUUAGUCAAUGUGAAGCAAACAAAUGGAAUUGCCAAAUCAAUGAUACCCACAUUAUUUGUUUUACGGUUAAUUGUUGUGUACGAGUCACGUACACUUAUGAUUAGUACAAUGAUAGUUGUUAAAAAAAAAACAGAAACUUAAAAUGUUACAACUGCGACCAAAAAUCCGCUACCACACACGAUAUUGGUGAAUACGGCUCAGAAACUAUUAGUUGAUAUUGAUAAUAAUGAAAAAUUCUUUCUGUUGUAAUAGUUAAUAAAUUUUUAGAAGAUGAAUUAUA